AUGGAGGCAGCAGCAGUGGACCGUUCCUCGGCGCCGGCCCAGCGCCUUGGGUCCCGCGGCUCCGAGGACCGGGGCCGCGUCGAGCCUAGGGUGGCCUGGGGACCGGCGGAUGUCAGCGGCGGGAUGGGCCUGCAUCCGGCCGUCCGGUGGGAGCCCGCCUCGAGAGCCAGCAGUGCGGGGUCCCGGGAGGGCUCGCCGGCCCCGGGACGCUCCGCCGCGCUCCUCCCGGGCCCGCCCCCGGAGCCGGGCCCGACCCCGCGGGGCCGCCGGGCGCGGAGGCCGCCCUGGCUGGUGCUCCGCUUGCCGUCGCUGAGGAGAGUGUGGGCCUCGAGGAAAGGCACGUGGGGCGGGGCGGCCGCUGGCCGGGCCGUGAAGCGCGGGGUGGGCCGGAGCGCGCGCGGCCUGCCACCGUCCGCGGCCUCCCCUCCCGCACCCCGGAGCCCGUCCCCAGCAGUCCUCCCCACACCCCCACUCAUCCAGACACGGGAGUGCGUGUUCAAAAAUGGGAUCCAAGAAUCGGCGGAGUCCCAAGCCUUGGUCCAGCUUCUGCCCAAGCAGUCCCGGCAGAGCAUCGUAGAACAGAGCCAAAGCAUCAUCCACCAGGGGGAGAAGCCUACAAUUACCUUGGAGACUGCACUCAGCCAGAAGAGGGUGGAGUUGAAGUCAGCACUGAAGUCUGAGAGCGAAGGCAAGUUAGUAAAGCAAGUAGAUGAGAUCAAACCAAGACCGAGGCCUGGAGACCUGAUUGAGAUUUUUCGGAUUGGCUACGAGCACUGGGCCAUCUACAUGGAAGACGACUGCGUGGUCCACCUGGCUCCCCCAACUGAAGGAGUCGGGGCCGGCAGCAUCACUUCGAUCUUCAGCAACCGUGCAGUGGUCAAAUACAGUCGCCUAGAGGAUGUGCUCCACGGCUGCUCCUGGAAGAUCAACAACAAGCUGGACGGGACGUACCUGCCCUUCCCCGUGGAGAAGAUCAUGGAGCGCACCAGGAACAUGGUCAACAAGAUAGUGCAGUACAGCCUGAUCGAAGGGAACUGCGAGCACUUCGUCAAUGACCUCAGAUACGGGGUGCCCAGAAGCCAGCAGGUGGAGCAUGUCCUGAUGGAAGGAGCGAGGGCCGCAGGCGCUGUCAUUUCAGCUGUCAUGGGUGGCAUAAAGCCCAAACCGGAAGGCGCCUUGCUGGUUUCUUAGGCGGACGCCAGCCUGCCGGGCGGGCAAACCUUGAGGACGGGCAUGGCGAGCUUCUGUUUGAACAUUUCCAGUAAUGAAGAGCUCUUUGCCCAAGUUCUUGUCAUUGAAUGAAAAUGUCUCUAGCUUCUUUCCAUAAAACUUCACCCUGCCCUUUUGGGCCCACAGUGUAUUUC